AUGUCGACCAGCGUAUUCCCUUCGUCUUUAUACGCAGAGCUCCUUCCCAAGCUCUUAGAAGUAUUGGAACUCACACAGCAGACUUCGGGAAUAUCCAACCCUCAGGCAAGGCAAAAGUUGUUGCAAGCGACAAUUAAUUUCAAAAAUGCGCUGGCUCAGGCGAAAGACUUUGCCAAUAACCUACCUGGAGGGGAACUUACGAUUGAGGAGCAGGACGACGUCAUCGAGAUGUUGGAAAUGUUGAAGGAGCGCAAAAAAGCGCAAUUAGCUGCCUUUUCAGCUCGCAAGGUCGCCUCUUCUGCUGCUUCUCGCGACUUGAAAAUGGAAGUCGACUCUGUUGCAUCAACCCCAUUCCAAAGCGACGGCUGA